UAGCUAUGUCAGGUCGCGGAAAGGGCGGUAAAGGGUUGGGGAAAGGCGGUGCUAAGAGACAUCGGAAAGUGCUGCGGGAUAACAUCCAGGGCAUUACCAAGCCUGCGAUUCGCCGUCUGGCUCGCCGCGGCGGGGUGAAGCGCAUCUCGGGGCUGAUCUACGAAGAGACCCGCGGGGUGCUGAAGGUUUUCCUGGAGAACGUGAUCCGCGAUGCGGUGACCUACACCGAGCACGCCAAGCGCAAGACGGUGACCGCCAUGGAUGUGGUCUACGCCCUGAAACGCCAGGGGCGCACCCUGUACGGCUUCGGGGGCUGAUUCAGUUCUUUAAAGCGUGAAACGCUGUUUAUUCAAUUCAAAGGCUCUUUUAAGGGCCACCCACUCGUCCACGGAAAGAGCUUGUUGCACUGCUGUGUUGGGAUAGAAGUGAAGUGGUCUAUGGGGGUGUAGUAAGGGGUUGGUUUAGUCGCCUUAAGGGAACCCACAAACUUAUCGGGGGGAGGGUAAAAACUGCUUUCUACCGCGGUCCUGUAACGAUUAUGUAAACCUUAAGGAUGUAACUAGUUCUGCGAACAGUAUUUUUUUUUCCCCGGAAGGAUUUCGAUUUACAGCCUGUUGGGACUAGAGAGAAUUCGGAACUCUGGGCGUUUACACGCAGAAGGAAAGAGGAGCGAAACAUCCUCGAGUGCGCGCAGAAGAAAGGGGACGCGCAGCCCCGGCCUUGCGUGCAAUACAGCGGCAGAACCGA